AUGCCCCGUUACCUACCUCUCCCUCUCUCCUGUCAGCUGUCUCCCCCUCCCCCCCACCGACUUCCUUGUAGUCGCCAACCACACUUCACGUCGACGUUGAGAUUCGAGAUUGUGACACGAUCCCCGCAUUUUCAUUCCAGCCUGCCGUUGUCUUGGCCAGCUGCCCUCCUCGCUGCCCAAAUCGAUUGCGGAGUUGACCUUCUCCCCCGAGCUGCCACGGGCAACCACCACCACUUGCACCCGACAAAACUCAAUAUACUCAAGACCGUUGCUGCUGGCUCGCUUUCACUCAUACCCCUUUCACGCCCGCGCACGAUGAAUAGCAACAACAACAAUAACAAUCAGCAGCCGUCGAACCGGUUGCAGCUCAACUUUGGCUUCGGCGGCGGUGACCGCAACAACCAGCAGUACCAGCAGGACGCCGGCCGUGCCUUUCCCACCACGCCCUCCACCUUUCCGCAACCCGUAUAUCCAAACCAGGCUGGCCAGCAGGAAGUGUGGGGUGCUCAGCAGCCUGGCCCUGGAAACAGCAAUAGCUUCAAUGGCGGUGGGGGCUACUUCAUGAACCCCUAUCAGCAGGCUCAGUACCAGCAGCAGCAAGGCAAUUUGCAGGCUCAAGGAGGCCAGCGCUUCGAUCAGAGUGCCAAUGGGCUCGCCCAGCAGCUGUCGCACCAGCAUUUGGGAGGCAGUGGCCGCUCUGGCAGCCCAUACGGCCGCCAACCCUCGCCCAACCCACAGCGUCCCCGCACCGCAGACAACCGUAGCUACGGCCAUGGAAGCCACGGAGGCUCUUACCCACGCGGUUCGUCGCUAUAUGACGAAGAACCGCCAUCAAAGAACCCAGGAAAGUACUCGGAGAACGUUGAUAAGCGGGCUGUCAUGUCAAAGGGCCUGAUCAACACCUUCUUCAAGGAUAGCGUUCAGCGCGCUCGUGACCGCAAUCAGAGAGCCUUGGAACUCGAGUCCAUCAUGAAAGAGCCCUCAAUUUCCGACUCUCGAAAAGCUCAGAAGCAGGAAAGCAUGCGCCGUGCAGAGAUCUCCUACUUGCGAUUCUUGCGGACAAAGGAAAGACCCGAGAACUUCUCUACCUUGAAGGUCAUUGGCAAGGGUGCUUUUGGAGAAGUCAAACUUGUGCAGCGAAAGAAUGAUGGCAAGAUUUAUGCCCUCAAAUCGCUUGUGAAGCAAGAGAUGUUCAAGAAAGACCAGCUUGCCCACGUCCGGUCUGAGCGUGAUAUUCUCGCCGAGGCGGACAGUCCAUGGGUCGUCAAGCUACACACCACCUUCCAGGACAAUACUUUCCUGUACAUGUUGAUGGAAUUCCUUCCCGGAGGUGACUUGAUGACUAUGCUCAUCAAGUACGAGAUCUUCACAGAGGACAUCACUCGCUUUUACAUGGCUGAGAUUGUUCUUGCGAUAGAAGCAGUGCACAAGCUUGGUUUUAUACAUCGUGAUAUCAAACCCGACAACAUUCUCCUUGACCGUGGCGGCCACAUCAAACUAACGGAUUUUGGUCUCUCAACUGGUUUCCACAAGGAGCACGACGCUGGCUACUACAAGAAGUUGCUUGCUGGAGGAGCGCACAAGUCCAACCGCGAUAACCGUGCCUCGAUGAAUCUGGACCAAAUCCAACUGACCGUGAGUAACCGUACCCAGAUCAACACAUGGAGGAAGUCCCGUCGUCAGCUCGCCUACUCCACGGUCGGUACACCCGACUACAUCGCCCCCGAGAUAUUCAGCGGUCAGGGUUACGACCGUGGCUGUGAUUGGUGGUCCGUAGGCACCAUCAUGUUCGAAUGUCUUAUCGGCUGGCCACCUUUCUGCGCCGAAGAGCCACAUGACACAUACCGCAAGAUUGUCGACUGGCCGCGCAACCUGCACUUCCCACCGGACCAGCAACUGGGUGCCGAAGCGGAGGAUUUUGUUAGGCGCUUGAUCUGCGAUGCUGAACACCGUCUCGGUCACCUCGGUGGCGCUGCCGAAAUCAAGCAGCAUCCAUUCUUCCGUGGAGUCUCGUGGGAUGGACUCCGCCGUAUUCGCGCACCGUUUGAGCCCAAACUCCAGUCCAAUGUUGAUACGCAGUACUUUCCCAUUGACGAGAUUGACCAAAAUGAUACGAGUGCUGCGUAUAGGGCGCAGGCUGCCCACUCCAAUGACGACGAAUAUGCAACAAGUCUGCCGUUUAUUGGCUACACGUAUAAGCGAUUUGAUGCUUUUAGGGGCUCGUAG